GAAAACCUCUGACAGAGCCGCAAAGCACAUUGUCAACCCAAGAUGGCGACGUCGAAGCCUACACAAAACGAGCACGAUCAUGAAUUGGACGGCGAGGAGGAAAAUGUUCAGCCCGAUAAGAAGGAGAAGAAGAAGAAGCAGGACUCGGAAGCCGCCGCGGAUCUAGAGAAGGUUACCGACUACGCAGAGGAGAAGGAGAUUUCCACAGAAAGCAUCCAAAAUGCUAUGAGUUUAGUGAAUCAGAAAACGUCAGAAGAAAGAAGCAAAAAAGCAAGCAGAGAAAGAGAACUAGCCAAAGUUGUGAUCCGGAAGGAGGAUGUUGAAUUGAUUAUGACGGAGCUGGAGGUGACGAAGCUGGUUGCGGAGCGAACGUUGAGAGAACACCAGGGUGACAUCGUCAAGGCUCUCAUUUCCCUCACCAACUGAGAACAACUGUCUUUUCCUUUAUCCAAUCAACAACUGAGAACAGCUAUCUUCUCUGUCACCCUGUCCAAUCAACUACUGCCAAAUUCAGAUUCAAACAUUCAAAUCAGACAAAUCGCUUCCUAGUUUACCCAAACCACCACAAAACAUAGCUACCAGUUCCACAUAGGAGGGCGUCAGCUUUGUUUUAAAGGUUGUUUCAGAUUGAAAAUUAUGCCUGUUUGAAAGUGAAAUGAUCUGUUCAUUGACAUUCACUUUUGUUCUUCUACUGUCAUGGUCUGUCACACAUACCUAUCAUUUAGGCCCCAAGAGUUAAAAACCUAGAGACUCUGAACUGAACCAUGCGCAAACCAGCACCAAGAGACCACAUCUAGUGAGAUAUUAGACGUUAAACAAGUACAGCAACAACAGUAUUUCCAAACAGCUUCAAUCUGAAAACAAGCCAACACAUUCCCAUAUAGGAUUGGUGAGUUUGUUGGUCUAGAUGAUGUGGUAUGGACCAACUAGGAAGCGACUUGAUUUGUGUUUCAAGGGAUGGGGUGUUUAUGUACAGCGU